UGCUUGCUUUGAUUUUUUUUUUCCCAUUUGUUCUCUUGUUGUUGUUGUUGUUGUUCUUCUUCUUCUUCUCUAUAUAAUCUACGAUGGAGCGAGUGCCGGAGGCUUUGGAUCGCUUCCGUUCAAUCCAAUUCGUGUCUCUUCAUGGGACGUAGCAGCGCUAGGGCUUGGUCUUCGAAUUCUAGAUCUCCUCGGAAGAUGAAAGCAAGGAGAUUAUUUGGUUUUUCUCUAUCACUUAUUCUGAUUAAUAUGGCGGCUAUAAUGGAGCGUGCUGAUGAAAACCUUCUGCCAUCUGUUUAUAAGGAAGUUAGUGAAACCUUCAAUGCUGGUCCUACUGAUCUUGGGUACCUUACCUUCAUAAGGAAUUUCGUACAGGCAUUGUCAUCACCAUUGGCAGGUAUUCUUGUGCUGCAUUAUGAUCGCCCCAGUGUCCUUGCAAUGGGUACUACAUUCUGGGCCUUUUCAACAGCUGCUGUAGGAGCAAGUCAACAUUUUCGGCAAGUUGCGUGUUGGAGAGCUUUAAAUGGCUUUGGGCUUGCCAUUGUGAUCCCAGCACUGCAAUCAUUCAUUGCUGAUAGUUAUAAGGACAGUGUGAGGGGUACCGGAUUUGGAUUGCUGAGCCUUGUGGGUUCUGUUGGGGGGAUAGGAGGAGGUGUUCUUGCAACUAUCAUGGCAGGGCAAGAAUAUUGGGGCAUUCCUGGAUGGCGUUGUGCGUUCAUCAUGAUGGCAGUGUUGAGUUUGCUGAUUGGGGUCUUAGUUUACUCAUUUGUUGAUGAUCCUGGAAGAUCAAAGCGCAUCACUUCUGUCACUGAUGGCGACUCUGAGAGGGCUAACUUGGUUGGAAAAGGAAACACAGUCUCACCUUCCAUUUGGAGGGAUUCCUGGACAGCAAUGAGAUCUGUAAUAAAAGUACAAACAUUCCAAGUAAUCGUCUUGCAGGGAAUUGUUGGAUCUCUUCCUUGGACUGCCAUGGUGUUCUUCACUAUGUGGUUUGAACUUAUAGGUUUUGAUAACAACAGUUCUGCUGCCUUGAUCAGCCUUUUUGCAAUUGGAUGUGCUACUGGUUCUUUUCUUGGGGGACUGAUAGCAGAUCGUAUUUCUCAAUUCUACCCGGACACAGGCCGUGUCAUGUGUGCACAAUUCAGUGCCUUCAUGGGCAUUCCAUUCUCAUGGUUCCUACUCACCGUCAUCCCUCAAACGAUUAAUAGCUGGUUCAUCUUCGCCACAACUCUUUUCUUCAUGGGCCUCACCAUAAGUUGGUGUGCUACUUGUGCUAACAAUCCAAUGUUUGCUGAAGUUGUCCCCUUGAAACACCGAACGAUGAUUUACGCCUUUGAUCGUGCAUUUGAAGGUUCAUUCUCAUCUUUUGCAGCCCCGGCUGUGGGAAUACUCACCGAGAAGAUUUAUGGUUAUGAUUCGAAGUCUGUGAGUUUGGUUUCUGGAUCAGUUAAUCAGGCUUUUGCACUAUCUAGAGGUCUUUUAUCGAUGAUGGUUGUUCCUUUUGGUUUGUGCUGCUUGUUUUACAGUCCUUUAUAUCUUAUAUUCAAGAGAGACCGAAACAAUGCCAGGACUGCUACUUUAAAAGAGCAGGAAAUAACAUGAUAGGGCUGUUAGCAUGAGUUAUCAAACUAACAUUGUUUAGCAAUUCUCAUUGUAAUAAAACAAUUCUGAUUUUUUUGUUCCUUUUUUUUAGUGGUUGUAUAUUCUUCUGGAGAAAUUAAUAGGACAUUGUUCACGUA